AUGAAUUCCACCUCGAAUUCCUUUCCUCCAAUCCCCAUCACUCCACCACCUCCACUCCUUCCACCCGAGCCGAUCGCUUCAGAUUAUGUCGAAAUGAUAACACUUGUGCUGAUGUUUAUUAUUGGAGCACCGCUGAAUCUCGCGGCAUACACACAGCUAGCUGAGCGUCCCAUCCACACUCGAUUGGAUAUCCUCAAACGACAUCUCAAUUAUUCGGAUCUGCUCGUUAUUUUUGUCUAUGUACCGAGCAGGGCUUGUUGGUUGUUGACAUACGAUUGGCGAGGCGGUGACCUUUUGUGCAAAGUCGUCAAAUUCAUGCACACUUUCGCAUUUCAGUCGUCCUCAAAUGUGAUCGUUUGCAUCGCGGUUGAUCGUCUCCUUUCUGUUCUCUCACAUGCACACAAUUCUCCAUCGAAAGCACAUCGGAGAACUCGAGCAUUCAUGUCGAUAGCGUGGACGGUUGCAUUCAUCGUUUCGUUGCCACAAUUGGCCAUUUGGAGAAGUUAUGUGGCUUUCAAAGAGAUCAAUUGGAGUCAAUGCUUGCAGAUCUGGGAGAUCGCUCGAUUGGAACUUGGACCAACGCCAGAUAAACUCGCGUACAACACGCUUCUCUCGUAUGAAACUCUUUAUUCGAGUCUGCACAUGGGGCUCGUUUUCUGGAUUCCCGCAAUGACGAUAUUGCUAUGCUACAUGGUGGUGCUCUGGUGGGUGUGGGUGAACUCUCGUAUUUCGCUGUCAGGUUCGUCCCUUCGUGUAGUACGCGGCCCAUCGCUGCCAACCGCCUUUGACUCCAACGACACAACCCUUCUCACAAGGGCUUCUGAAUGGAAACCCUUGAAGACUUUCACAAAAAACAAAGACGCGGCAGUGAAUGACGAGAAAGCUAUGCCGAAGAUCAUUGUCUCGGAUGAGAAUUGUGGCUUGCAGACAAAUGGAGAUAAUCACCAACGAGUAUCGAUUACAUCUACAGAAGCAUAUGCAAAAGCCGGUGCCCACAUGUCAUCAUGUCAAUCAUAUAAUGCCCGAAUAACAAGAUCUCGAGCGAUUCGAGUUUCUUUUCAAUUGGUCGCUGCUUAUAUUAUUUGUUGGCUCCCCUACAAUCUUCUCGGUGUUUUGCGCUUUGCCAGCCCAAAAAUCGUUGGCUACCACAGCAGUCUUUACUUUCUACACGAGUUGAUCGUCUUCAAUUCAGUGAUAAACCCGUAUCUCUACGGACUCUUCGGGAAUCUACGGAAGCCGGUCUCGAGGAAUUAUGAU